AUGCCAACAGCAUCACAACCAACACCAAACACUCCUGUACAACCAAUAUCUCCUCAACCUCAACCUCAACCUCAAUCAAAUCCAAGAUCGAGAUCUACACCUCGACAACAACCUAGUUCUUCUUACAACUUAUUCGAUGCUGAUCGUCCAUUUCCGAAUAUUAACACGAUGAAUUUAGAUUUUUGGAAUGAUCCAAAUGAUAAAAAGAUAGAGGAACUGGAGAACAAAGUAAAGAAGUUGGAAAGUGAAGUAGUUCAAAUGGAAGUUGUUAUAACUAGUCUUGUUUCAGAGAACGAGCGAUUGAGAAAAGGAGCAAGUGAUUUAGAAGCUGACAAAAAGGUGAAAGAUCGAAAGAUUGAUAUUCUGUACAAAGUUUUAGAAAAGAAGAUGGAAAUUGAUUUUGAAGUAGAAUUUAAUCAAAUUGAAAUUGAAGAGGCUGAAGCAAGGGUCACUGAACGAGCUCGAAAAGCUGCUACUAAAAUAGAGGUUGCUAAUGCUGAUAAAGGGAAGGAAAAGGUUGAUGCUAUUCCAGAGAUUAGACCUAAGCCUGAAACAGAUCCUGAAUCCGAACCAAUAGAUAUCACAAAAUUCGUUCUCAAUGGUGAAGUACAGGAUAUACCGUAUGAGACAGAGACAGAGAAAGAAGAUGAUAAUAAAGAAGACGAAGAAGAUGUGGAUAUUGAAGGUUCUAGUCAUGAUGGUGAUGAUAGGUGGUGUGACAACUGGCAAAAAUAA